UUUAGAUUUCAAAGAAGCUUACCUGUCAAGAACAGUACCAAACUGCACUGUCUUUUCAACAUGUCCAAGGUUCAGUUUGCUUCUAUAUUCGUACUGCUGGUGGUAUUCUGUUCUCAGACUUUAUCUGCACCUGCUGCAAUAAAUUCUAACCCAUCCUACUGCUGCUUCACAUAUGCUAAGGAUCCCAUACCAAGGAACCGUGUAACUGGUUAUUUUCAAACAAGCUCCAAAUGCUCUCAGAAAGCAGUCAUACUUGUAACACAGAAGGGUAAACAUAUAUGCGCUGAUCCACAGCAAAACUGGGUUCAGAAAUAUGUGAAAGAUCUGACUCAAACUAAAAGUCAAGCUUGAAGGAGCAGAGAAACAAAAAAAUGAGAAUAAUUCCCUUCGAAAAUGUUUCUAAGUCUUUUUGUGUCUUGCAGUAAUAGGAUAUUGCUGGAAAAAUAGACAUCUAUAUAUAAUAUAUUUUAAAAUGAAAUGUGUACAGGUAUAUUUAAUCUCUUCCAGUUAUAGCAUUCACUGCCUUUGUCAUUUUGUCAAUAGUUUUCAGUAAAUAUUCCAACUUUUGUAUAUUAACAAGCAGCAAAAUGUGAAAACAUUUUCUAGACUGGAUGCAUCUGGUGUGUGUGUGUGUGUGUGUGUGUGUGUGUGUGUGUGUGUGUGUGUGUGUGUGUGUGUGUGUGUGUGUGUGUUACCUGAAAAGCACUAACCACAAUGACACCCAGUCCAAGUAUAUACCCAAACAUUAGGAAAUGAUGCAGCUGGAGAGAUAAGCUAUUCUGUAUCCGUAGAGAAGCUAAACAUAUUAUUAGUAUAGUCCCAGGGAAUAAGCUAGAACAUUCCACAACACUCCCUGGGAUAUGCUCCUUUCUGGUAUUUGAAUUUGCACCAGGAUUACAAUACAGAUGUGUCUGUUCAAUGAAGUACCCCACCCCCAGGAGCCUGUACCAAACCAAUGAUAUCUGCUCACAUAGGAAGGGUAUAGGUAGCCAAUAUUGUACCAUAUAAGCAAAAAACUCUGUAUUUGUAUGCACCACUUUACCCUGCUUAAGUCAUUGCAUGACUGACAUUUAAUUUUGUAAACAUAAACCAUUAACAUAUAUAUCAGGGUCCUGAACACUGUUCUGCUCUGUCUAGAAAAGCCAUGUGUGUGAAGUCAGUGGUGGUCAAGCUUGUCUAUAUUCCAGGACUGAAGACUCAGCCUGUUCCUGAGAUAUAUAGUGCUAUUUCCACAUAUUGUUGGAGGAUAUAUGGAGAGUAGGUCUGAGCAAAGAAACUGCUGUGAAUUGUAAAAAAUGGUAACAAAUACUGUCAUGGCAGAAGGUUAGCUUUCUAAAGUCCUUCUUCUCCAACAUUGCUCUGACCAAAACACAUGCACAUACACACAUAUACAAACACAUUAAAGAAAGUGCUGAUUAAACACUACAUUUUCAUAUAUUUAGGUUGUAUACAUAUCAUUAUCAAUAUUCUGUUAGUACAGUUCUAGUUCUCGAUCCUUCUUCAUUGCAGUCAGAAUAAUUGUUUAUGGAAACAAAAGGCUGAAACAUUCAUGUUGCACAUAAUAUUUCUACCAGCUUACUCCAUGACAAAUGUUAAUAAGUAAAGUGCAUGAAGGCUAGAGGUGUUAUUACUCCUCCAAAGAUGAAGGGUAUCUUCAAAGAAUAUAGAAAUUUCUUCACUUUCCGUUUGUACUAUGGGACACUGUAAGUAUCAACAAUGACCACCACCACCAUAAUCAGAAGCUGAAUGUAACUUACUGUGCAUAAUACAUCAGACAAAGUGCAGAAAGUAACUAGUUACUUCUGAAAACUAUGUUAUUCAAUACAGUAAAUCAUCAUUUAUAUCUGUAAAUUUUGUGAAACAAUAUAGGAAACCAUUGUUUAUACCUGCAAAUUAUGCACAUGCAGUAAAGAACCACAGCUUGAACGGUUCUUCUUAACUUGCUAUGCCGACAUCUACAAAUCAAAUGAGGUGUACACUCUACUCUUAAAUGUCCUGGUCCAGCCACAAAUCUAACAUGAGUAAAAUAAAAUCUCAUUUCUCUUACCACUGCACUGAAAAGAAGUGGAGGGGUACUUAAUAUGUUGAAAUCUAAUCAGCUCAUAAGUUGAUUUUCUUAUUCUACAGUACAUAAUAUGGAAAAUGUUGACGCUAAAGCUAGUUCCAUAUAAAAUCAUAUUACUGUUUAAUUUCCUUUUCAUUUUAUUCCAUUGCCUUAUUUCUAGUAUACUGUUUAAAAGCAAUAAAUCUUUCUUUGAAAAUUGUAGUCAGAGAAGAAAUCCAUUGUAUUGCUUUAAAUUCUGGGAUAAAUGGCAUCAGUUGCAGCCUAAAACUGGCCAUUAUGUGAUGUAUAAUACUGACAAGCUGAAUGUCACAUUUGUUAAUAUUGUAUUAUUGUUAUUACAUGAGGUAUUUUACUUAAUUGUACAAAAUACACAGAAGCAAGUAUAACAAUGAAUUCUGUUGUUUUUAUUUGUUCAAGGACCUUCAUGGUUCUGAUAUUUUCAUAAGUCUAUGUGGUAGCUUGUUUAUUACAAUUGUAUUGUUGUAUAUCUACAGUUUUUGCUUAAUAAAGUAUUUUAAUUAAGGCUA